CCAGUUGAGGAAGACCCUGCCCUUUCAUCCAAUAAUAUGCCUUUGGUGUCGGUGGAGGAGUCUACAGUUGGUCAGCAGCAGAAGGAGCGCCUGACUGUGUCGCUGGCAGAACACAAAAACAUUCAGCACGUCGGAAGGAGUGAUUGGUAAAUGCACGCUUAUAAAGCGUCACAUCAAAACCGGUCAGCACAGCAGUCCAACCACUCGAACCACAAAGCACAAAGACGGCCGACAAACCGGAGAUGCUGACCAAUCCUACUCGGAAAAGCCUGCAAACAACUGAGGGUUAUGAAGAGUCCUCCCACCACUGCUGGCAGACGAGAAGGAGAGGUGGAGGAGACGUGGUCUGAGGCAACGCUGCUGUCGUGCACACUGUCAGAGACGAUCAACAGACCUGCUGCACCGUCAGCAGACAGGAACUCAGCGCAGCUUGCAGGUGUCGCCACAAAUGGAGCAACUCAAUCUGACCAACGGCACGGAGAGCAAAUAUGCGGACUGUCCUUCAAUAGAUGACUUCCGUAACCAGGUCUACUCCACCGCCUACUCCCUCAUCACCGUUCUGGGCCUCGUUGGGAACGGCCUCGCCCUGUUGGUGCUGAUCAAAACCAGUCGCCAGACCUCUCCUUUUCAUGUCUACAUGAUGAACCUGGCUGUGUCUGACCUCCUGUGUGUCAUGACACUGCCACUGCGAGUCCUCUACUAUGUCAGAAAGGGCCAAUGGGACCAGGGGGAUUUCCUCUGUCGCAUCAGCUCCUACACCCUGUAUGUAAACCUCUACUGCAGCAUCUACUUCAUGGUCGCCAUGUCUGUCUCGCGUUUCUUGGCCGUUGUCUUCCCAGUGCAGAACCUGCGGCUGGUGACUGUGAACCACGCUCGCCUCGUGUGUCUUGGCAUCUGGGUGUUCAUCUGUCUUCUAUCUUCUCCCUUUCUCAUGUCUGGCCAACAUAUUGACGAUGCCACAAAUAAAACCAAGUGCUUCGAGCCUCCAAAGGGUCACGGUCUGAAGAAACUAGUCGCGCUGAACUAUGUGUCUGUGGUGAUCGGCUUUGUCCUGCCAUUCCUGGUGAUCCUGCUCUGCUAUGCUGGCAUAAUCCACACCCUGCUGUCUCGAAAGAGUGCUUCGCGGCAACAGCAGGGCACAGCCACCAAAGCCAUCCGAAUGAUUGUCAUCGUCUUGUUGACCUUCCUAGUCUGCUUCCUGCCUUACCACGUGCAGCGUACCAUCUACCUGAGCUAUACAUUCGGGCAGGACUGCUCGGAGAAGCUGGCCGUGCAGAAGUCUGUGGUGGUGUCUCUGUGCCUGGCCGCUGCCAAUUCGUGCUUUGAUCCACUGCUUUAUUUUUUCUCUGGAGAGAGUUUCCGCAGCCGCUUGGUUUCCCUUCGCCACUCGACGACAGCCAGGGCCCUGCAUCACACAGACAGGCUGAAGCCCGUGACGGGCUCAGAGGCUGAAGCCCGUCACGGGCUCAGAGGCUGAAGCCCGUCACGGGCUCAGAGGCUGAAGCGCACCACCGGCAGAUUGACAGUUAAUUUGCUUUAAUCAGACAGGAGGUCGUCAAACGUCCAUCCGCGGGAUAUGUUAAAGAGCUCAGGGUGAGUCGUUCCCCCACUACGAGUCAGGGAACUAGUUGAGAGAAACAUAGGACGAAAGGCAUAAACAGGUUGAACAAAUGAGGCAUGGUUGACUGAUAUUAAAGAAUUUUUGGUAAAUGUCUCAGGAGACUGAUUAUUAUUGAUUUAAAGAGUGCAAUUUGUUCAAUAUUUUUUAUUAUCUUAUUUUACUAUCAUUAUGGUGGUAAAUGGUAUUCUAAUGUAUCCCAAAGUUAUUCAGCCUGUCAAAUGACAAUAUAAAUAUAUAUGGUUUAUUAACGUAUGAAUGUAUUGUAGACUAUGUUGCAAUUUAUACAUAAUAGUCUGUUUAUCUGUAUAAUCCUAAAAAGGCACGAGGUUUAUGAUGCACAUCUUGCAGAUUAUUAAUGAGAAGGGCCAAACUCUGCUUUAAAUUGACUAUGAUUCUGCUGUGAUUGUAAUUUUUUUGCUCCAUAGUUAACAUUGUAAUUACCCCAACCUUUUUAUCAGUAGUAUAUGUCAUUAUGUUCUUGUUCCUGUUUUUGUUUUUUUUAACUGCCUGAACCGAUUAUUUGUAAUAUUCCCUAGAAUAUAUUGUAAAGGAAUAGUUCAGUAAAUAUUCUAAGUGGCUUUCUUUGUUUGUGUUAGAUGUGAAAGAGCCGGCCUCAGUGCCGGGCUCUGUCUCAGUAACAAAAUCCACUUCCCAGAAAUUCUAAAACUCCUUUAUUAGCAUCUGCUUAUUGCACUUCUGGUGAGAUGCCAAACCUCAUUUCGUUACUCUAUACUUGUAUAUGUGUAAUGACAAUAAAGUUGAAUCUCAUCUCA